AGGCGUUUUGGCCCAAGGCCGACCCCGCGCGGCAGAGCCGAGGUUCGCGGAGCGGUUCGGCCCUCGGCGGAUGGCGGCGCCGGCGCGGAGCUCUGCGGACGACGAGCGCGCGUUCGAGGCGGCGGCGGAGUGGGUGCGGUCGCCUGCCGCCAAGGGCCUGUCGAGCGCCGACAAAGCUCACCUCCAUUUGAAGCAGGCGAGGGACGGGGACUGCACCGGCACCAGGCCGAAGGGCCAGGAGGCGAGGCGCAAGUGGGAUGCCUGGGGCAGGCAGCGGGGCGCGUCGAGGGAGGAGGCCAGGGCGAGGUACCUGGCCUUGCUGGACGAGCUGGAGCCCUCCUGGAGGAGCACCCUCCGUGCCGCCGACGUGGCCGACGCCGGCCCGCACCAGGAAGGCCCGCGGGAGAGCGGCGGCAGCGAGCUGGACAGCCGCCUCGCCAGGGUGCGCAGGACCGCCGAGGCGGGCGCCACCUUCGAGAGCGAGCCCGCCCAGAGCGUGGCCGACGUGCGGAGCGAGGCCCAGGCCGCCUGCGACGAGGAGGCGGUGUCCUGCCGCGGCAGCGUGCGGAGCAUCGGGGCCGACGUGUUCGGCUCGCCCAGGCUCGGCGAGGGCAGCCCGGGCGCCGCCGCGGGCCGGGGGGCCAGCGCGCCCAGCGCCGAGGGCCAUGCGAGCUCGGGGCCGGAGGCCAAGCCACGCGUGGCCGCACUGCCUGUGCCACAGGCCGCGGAGCCCGACCCUCCAGUGGAGGAGUGGGCCGCCGCGCCGGCGGCUCCGGGUGUGCCCUCGGCGCCCGCGGCCUCGCGAGGGGCCUCCAGCAGCGAGGACCCUCUGCCGGCAUUGGUGAUCGAGGGCCUGGACGACGACGUGGCGAAAGCGGGCAGGGGCCCGGUCCAGUACAGCCUGACCGGCCCUCUGCGGGCCGAGCGGGCGGCCCACGGCGAGGGAGAAGGUGGCAGCAUGCCGCAUCGGUACAGCAUCAUGUCCAGCCCUUCGCAGACGAGUCCAGGCAACAUUGAGGUGUCGGUCGAUACGAGCUCGAGUCCAGGCAUCAUAGAGCAGUUCGAGUCCAAUUGGGCGAAUGCCGGAUCGGCUGCUGGCGCCAACACCCUCGGCCCCAAGGCUGUGGUGGAGGAGUCAGAGUGGGCCGGGCUCGCGGACUCCAGUGACGAGGAGGCCCACGCAGCUCAAGCGUCAGGCAUGGGGCGCCCGGCGAGUGGCCCUGGUAGUUCUGGGGUGCAGGCGGACGUUGUCCCCAAGGCCGUGGUGGUGGAGGAGUCAGAGUGGGCCGGCCUCGCGGACUCCAGUGACGAGGAGGCCCAGGCAGCUCAAGCGCCGGGCACGGGGCGCCCGGCGAGUGGCCCUGGUAGUUCUGGGGUGCAGGCGGACGUUGUCCCCAAGGCCGUGGUGGUGGAGGAGUCAGAGUGGGCCGGCCUCGCGGACUCCAGUGACGAGGAGGCCCAGGCAGCUCAAGCGCCGGGCACGGGGCGCCCGGCGAGUGGCCCUGGUAGUUCUGGGGCGCAGGCUGUCGUUGUCCACAAGGCCGUGGUGGAGGAGGAGUCAGAGUGGGCCGGCCUCGCGGAGGUCUCCAGUGACGAGGAGGCCCAGGCAGCUCGAGCUUCAGGCGUGGGGCGCCGUGCGAAUGGCCUCGGGGCCGUGAUGGAGGAGGAGUCAGAGUGGGCCGACCUUGCGGACUCCAGUGACGAGGAGCCCCCCGCAGCAAAAGCGUCAGGUGGGCGCCAGGCGAAUGGCCCAGGGGCCAUGGUAGAGGAGGAAUCAGAGUGGGCCGGCCUCGAGGACUCCAGUGACGAGGAGGCCCACGCAGCUAGAGCUUCAGGCACGGGGCGACGGGCGAGUGGCCCCAGCAGUUCCGGGGUGCAGGCAAGCAGUCAGGAUUCCGCCGAUUUGAGCGUGCCUCGAGAGCCCCGUGAAGCCAGGUCGGCGCAGGCACCCAGCACUUCCAACGGGGACGCCGCCGUGGACAUGGACCUGGCUGGUAGGCCCAUCGUCCAGGUUCCUCAGUCGCGGCCUGGCGGCAGCAGCUUCGGGGGCGCGGCGAGCCCAUUCCUCUCCGUCCUGAGCUGCUUGGUGCUGCUGGGGGUUCUGGUCGCCAUAGCGCCGAGGCAUAACCACCACGGCGCUGGCUCGCCGACUCCGGCUCUCAGGCCCGCCACUGCACCCGCGCCCGCACCCUCGGCGGCCCCGUCGCCGCAGCCGCCCGAAGCGCCCGCGCCGGCGGCGCCAGAUCCUGCGGCGACCGUACCCACCCCGGCGCCCGUGGCACCUUCCGGCGAUGGGCACACGGGCUGGAAGUUAGAGGCCGAGGUCCAGCAGAUGCGCCGCGCCUUGGGCGAGGCGCGCCGCAUGCGCGAGCAGGUAGCAACCGACGCCUCUGCGGAGUCCGAGCGGCUGCGGGACACGCGGGCCAAGUUGGCGGGCGCCCGCCAGGAGGUUGCUCAGACCAGCCAGGACUCGGCGGAUUACCGCGCCAGGUGCGAGGUCAUCCAGAGGGCUCUCGCAGCUGGCCCAGGGGCUCUGUGGCCGAGGGUGGACGGGCUGCCGCACCAGAGAUGCCUCGCCGUGGCCGCGGGGCUCCUUGGCGCGCUCGGCACAGUGGGCCCCUCAACGGCGAGGUGCUGCUUCCAGGGCUUGGCGGGGCUCCUCACGUUUGGCUGCCUGCUCGUCGUCUCCAUCUGCUACGCGGAGGCCCUGGCUGGGCUCGAGGGCCUCUCCGCAGAGAGCUCGUGGCCGGCGGUCCACGUGUACUCGUCCUGAAGGGCCGCGCGUCGGUCUUCACCUGCCGCCUGUGGUGUGGCGUCGCCGUGGUGGCCACCGCGCUCCGCGGGCUCCGCCGCUGCAGGGCGGCGGGGAGGGCGGCGGGCGCCGACGAGCUGAGGCGACCGCUGCUGGGCUGAGAGCCCCGCCGGGCGGGCCUGAGAGGGGAAGGGCGGACAAGCCGAGUAGUUUGGCAGAGUUGCGUGCAGCAGUGACACAUGUAGUGGAACCAAAAGUGACACA